UCCACAUCUCGCCAACUAGCUAAACCGGAAAGUGGAAUCUGAGUAAAAAAAUAUAGAUUUUCUACCAAUACUCGCCAUUAAUGGUUAACAAAUAAUCUAUUUUCGAACCAGGAUGGACGCUGACGGAUUACCCCUUGUAGGGCCAGGAGUAGAUUUGACGAAGGUUGGUGCUAUACACUCCAAGCGAAUGCUCGCCUUUUUAAACCACUUCAUCAUACACACAACCAGAUUUCUCAACAAGUUCUCCUGCGUUUGUGAAACGAAACUGUCGGAGAUCACAACUCGUAUUCAAAGGCUUGAAACCACAGUCAACAUAUUGGAAGCAAAGCUUGCAUCUAUACCUGGCUUAGAGAAUGUCACUGUGGAGCCUACCCCGCCCCCAGCUGCACCUGAACCAUCUAACCUCCCCGCCCUACCGUCUUCAGAGCCUGCCGAUGGAUCAAGCAUCCCAGCCAUUGAAGCCACUCCUGAAGCAGCUCCGGCUACUAUGACAGUAUCUCAAGAUCCAAGAUAUAUUAAAUAUUUCAAAAUGAUUAAUAUGGGUGUCCCAGUGGAUGCUCUCAAGCAAAGACUUCUCAUGGACGGUUUAGAUCCAGCUUAUCUAGACACACCGAAUGCUCCUGCUCCGCCCGUCAACCAAGAAUCCGACUCCGAUGAUUUCAGCAGUCAAGAUAAUAGCUCAGAUGAUGACUUCAGUGAUUAGAUAGAGGGCGCUAUACAGGAUAUAUGAAGAACUUAACCCGUUGCCGACUGGAAUCGGAUGAUCCCUGUACAAAUGGGAAUGACCAAAUUCAGUAUUCAACGGGUUAACAGGGAGAUGGAGGCAGAAGAGUCGAUAUUGAUGAGUAGGGGAUUUAUUGUUUACAGAUGGGAUUAACAUUACUAUAGUCCUCAGCUCAACUUAAAGGAAACCAAAAACCAAGAAGAGAAGCAAUCUUAUUGGAAAGAGUAAAAUGAGAGGAACAUUAA